UCUUUCUCCAUAGGUGAAGAAUGCAGGCAGAAUUCAGCAACCAAAGUUUUAAGACAAGUGGACAUUUUAUGGCAAGUACAUCAGAAAGAGGUGCAGCAAGGAUUAAUAUUCAGCUCACCCUGGAAGACUAUACCCACAAGUGCCAAGCACAUCUGACAAGGAUCUAGUAGGGAGACGGUACAUAGAUAGAAGAGAGUUUUCUUUUGUAUUUUCACUGUUUAAAUAUAAAGACAAAACUACAACAGCCAUUCAACAUUAGAUCCUGGUGCUUUUUACAUCUUUGUAUUGCAGUCUUUUUAACUGUUACGUUACUUACCGUGCUUAGAAAUCCUCAAGUUAUAUAUACAAUAAACUGAAUAGAACAGUUCUUUUGUUGUUCACUAAAAUAACUGAAUGUUAAAACAUUUGCCAAAAUGAGUGCAGAAGGAUAUCAGUACAGAGCUUUAUAUGAUUACAAAAAAGAGCGAGAAGAAGACAUUGACUUGCACUUGGGAGAUAUUUUAACUGUGAAUAAAGGUACUUUAGUUGCCCUUGGAUUCAGUGAAGGGGAAGAAGCAAAACCUGAAGAAAUUGGUUGGUUGAAUGGCUUUAAUGAAACUACUGGAGAAAGAGGGGACUUCCCAGGAACUUACGUAGAAUAUAUUGGAAGAAAAAAAAUUUCUCCCCCGACUCCAAAGCCUCGCCCUGUUCGACCCCUUCCUGUUGCACCAAGUCCUGCAAAAGUAGGAACAGACAAUGAUCAACCAGCUUUUACACUUCCAGAUCUUUCUGAACAAUUUUCACCACCUGAUAAUGCCCCGCCACUCCUUGUCAAAUUAGUGGAAACCAUUGAAAGAAAAGGACUGGAAUGUUCAACAUUGUACAGAACACAAGGGUCAAGCAGCAUUGCAGAAUUAAGACAAAUUACAGAGUGCGAUCUUUCAACAGUGGAUUUUGAUGCCAUUGAUCUGCAGAUUUUAUCAGAUGCUUUGAAGAGGUACUUUCUGGACCUGCCAAAUCCUGUCAUUCCAGCAUCUGUUUACAAUGAAAUUAUUUCCACAGCACAAGAAGGGCAGAAUGCAGAGGAAUCUGCUCAGGUGCUGAAGAAGCUCAUCAGAUCAUCUAAUAUACCUCAACAGUACUGGCUUACCCUCCAAUAUCUGCUCAAACACUUCUCCAGACUUUGUCAGACUUCUACCAAAAAUCUUUUGAAUGCAAGAUCAUUGGCUGAAAUUUUUAGUACUCUGCUGUUCAGGUCCCAGGUGGCAAGCUCUGACAGUAUUGAACAUCACAUUAAGAUCUUGGAACUGUUAAUUACAAGUGAAUGGAAUGAAAGACAACCUGCACCAGCACUGCCUCCUAAACCUCCAAAGCCUAAUACUGUAAUAAAUAACGGUAUGAAUAAUAACAUGUCUCUGCAAGAUGCUGAAUGGUACUGGGGAGAUAUCUCAAGGGAGGAAGUAAAUGAGAAGCUUCGUGACACUGCUGAUGGUACCUUCUUGGUACGAGAUGCCUCCACCAAAAUGCAUGGCGACUACACACUUACAUUACGGAAGGGAGGAAAUAAUAAAUUAAUUAAAAUAUUUCACCGAGAUGGGAAAUAUGGGUUUUCUGAUCCAUUAACAUUCAAUUCUGUGGUUGAGCUAAUAAACCACUACCGGAAUGAGUCUUUAGCUCAAUAUAAUCCAAAAUUGGAUGUUAAAUUGCUUUAUCCAGUAUCCAAAUAUCAACAGGAUCAAGUGGUUAAAGAGGAUAGUAUUGAAGCAGUGGGAAAGAAAUUGCAUGAAUAUAACAUCCAGUUCCAAGAAAAGAACAGAGAAUAUGACAGACUGUAUGAAGACUACACAAGAACAUCUCAGGAAAUUCAAAUGAAAAGAACUGCCAUUGAGGCAUUCAAUGAAACCAUAAAAAUAUUUGAAGAGCAGUGCCAAACACAGGAAAGAUACAGCAAAGAAUACAUUGAAAAAUUUAAACGGGAGGGGAAUGAAAAAGAAAUACAAAGAAUUAUGCACAACUAUGAAAAGUUGAAAUCUCGAAUCAGUGAAAUCGUGGAUAGCCGGCGUAGACUGGAAGAGGAUUUAAAGAAGCAAGCUGCAGAAUACAGAGAGAUUGAUAAACGCAUGAACAGCAUCAAACCAGACCUUAUACAGCUCAGAAAGACAAGAGAUCAGUACUUGAUGUGGUUAACUCAGAAGGGUGUUCGACAAAAGAAACUGAAUGAAUGGCUUGGCAAUGAAAAUACAGAAGACCAGUACUCUAUGGUGGAAGAUGAUGAGGAUUUGCCCCAUCAAGAUGAACGAACAUGGAAUGUGGGGAAUAUCAAUAGAAGCCAAGCUGAAAAUUUACUACGUGGCAAACGUGAUGGAACAUUCCUUGUUCGGGAGAGCAGCAAACAGGGCUGCUAUGCCUGCUCUGUUGUUGUGGAUGGUGAAGUGAAGCACUGCGUCAUCAACAAAACACCCACUGGGUAUGGAUUUGCAGAGCCAUAUAAUUUGUACAACUCACUGAGAGAACUGGUGCUACAUUAUCAACACACGUCGCUUGUUCAGCACAAUGACUCUCUCAACGUCACACUAGCCUAUCCAGUAUAUGCACAGCAGAGGCGAUGAAGAAGCUAAUAUUCUGGGGUUUGUCUCUUUUUUAACUUAAAUACCCACAAAGAUAACUCAGCAAUCUUGAGGCCUCUGGGUAGAGAAUGCUCAUGUGUGAGAUGCGGUGUCAAAGCUGUCUGUCUUCAGAUGGGACUGAAGCUUUCUUCACAACCACAGUGGGAGAGGUUGCAGUUGAGAGCUGUGAACAUACAUUUCUAAUCUAAAGUGCUUUUUUAAAAACAAAUAAUGAAGCAAAGGAAAACGCAGCAAGAGAGAGAGAAAGAAGUGCUAUACCAGUCUCCCUGCAGGGACAUAGAGGCCUUUAACCAUGGUGCUUGUUGACCAUCUCUUUUAAGAAGCUUUAAGAGCUCAGACAUUGGAACUCCACAGCCCCCCUCAAGUCCAGCUGGGCCUGCGUAAAUGGCAGUGAAAUUUCUCCAUAGCGACUUGGGCGAUACAGCUGUGCACAGUGGAUGCAGAUGCCCUACGUUGUGGAUUGCUGGUGGAUGAUAUGUAGCAGAAUGGCACUUUCAUUUUUAAGGGACACUUUAAAAAGACUUUGAUGACAGUAUGUUUAUUGGAGAAACAUAUGGUGACAGAAGUGCCAGGAAGUGUUUUUGGUUAGACUUUUAAAAUCUGUUUUAAGAAGAUAUUUAAGACUGAAGAAAUCUGGACUUUUUAUGGCAUACAGUAUAUAAAAUGUACAUAGUACAGGAUGACUAACUAUCAUAGGCGGAUACUGUCAAUACCAAACUCAUUCUGUUUUCAUUCUUUGUUUCGCCAAAAGCUGAAUCCUUACACUGCUAUGCAAUACUUCAUCUUCUAUAGACUCUGUUUCAGUUUCAUGUGUAACUAGAGGAUAAGCCUUUUUCCUAGGUUUUUUUUCCUCUCAGAACAUCCCCUAAAACUAGAAGUCCUUGAUUUUUGUGUGUGUUCAUUUUCAUUUUCUUCAUUCUGUUUUUUUUUAAAGAAGUGUACAGGAUGCCAGUAGAAGUUGGCUUCAAAAUUAAACAUAUGAACUAUUUUACAGGGGGUUAUUUUCCUUUGUAUAUAGUAUUGGGCUGCUAGCUCAAGGUUAAAAUUCAUGAUUUCCCUUUUGAACUAACUAUUUUGUUGGGCAGUGCCUGAUAAGCUUCAAAGCUGCUUUAUUCAAUAAAAAAAAUAUAUGAACAUUGCAAAGUAUCACUGAGUCCAAAAAUAUUGUUUCAAAAUAUCUUCAGAUUUAUGGUACCCCAUUAUAUUUUAUUCAGAGGGUGUCUUACAUUUCUGUCUGGCUUCUGAUUGUAUUUGGAAGAAGAGAGAUAUACAGUUUAUAAUGAAUGCUGCAGAUAAACAGAUGGAACAUACUGACUACUAGAGUAAUCAAUCUUGACCAACAAUUCUAGAUAGUACAUCAAGAUAUUUUUCAUGUCAUAUGGAAGAACUGGUUUUUUUCUGAAAGUAAGUGUGCAUAAUAUAUAAAGGAUAAUUUUAGGAAGCCCACUUUCUGUGACAUUUUCUUUCAGUAAGAAUUAAAAAAGAGAACUAUCAAUUUUAAAGCAGGUAUCAAUGGUUAAUUGUAAUGAGAGAAACAUAAAACCUCAGUGUUAUAUUACUUCGCCAAAUUCUGCAUUUCUUGAACAGCUGAGCAAACAUUAUGGAUAUCCUUUAGAUUUUACAGAUUAGCAUUAAGGAACUCGGGAGGACUGUUUAAUGCAAAUGCAAAAGAUAGAUCUUGUGGAGCGGGGUUUUUUUUAAUGUGGUUUAUGACUCCUUUCACAAUUUAUGCUUCUUAAAGUGAAACAGUAAGGACUUCUUGUAGAUAUAACUUCAUUCAUUUUGUAACACUAUAAAUAAAUUGGUUUGUUCCUUCUUUUAUUAUCAGUGAUGCUGAGAGGAGUUUCUUUAUAGUCAGUCAACUGCUUUCUUGAGAAAUGUGGUUUAUUUCAACAUGUGGAAGCAUUUAAUUCAAACCCCUUAAAACCCCGUGGAGAUUUUUCAGUCCUUAAUAAGGGCUUCAGUGGGAGUUGAGGCUGCAAGUUCCAUCCCUGUUGCACUAGAUUGCUGCAGGAGGAAGUGGGUUUAAAGUCAUUUCAUAGAGCAAAGAUCAUUCCCAAUUUACAUCAGUGUUCUUUAAAUCCUGUCUUCUUCUUCCCUAGACCUCUCAGUAAUAUAACGACAUGGUAUUGCAUGAUAGAUUUUGCUCUAUUUUAAGUAUUUUUUUUGAUGGCCAAAUUAUUAUUGGUCAUUGGACAGUAAACAAUUUAAAAUUGUAAUAUAACUCCAAAAGCACUUUGUGAAGGAA